AUGUCAAUGCCUAUCUCCGGAACGCAGAGCACUGUUGGCGCGCGGCCCAGCUUAGCCCCAGCGCAGCCUGAGACGCAUGGAAUUCCCAAAGACAUCUUCGAGCACUACUACGAGCAGUGCCAAAAGGUGGGACACAGUAAGGCCGUGGGAUCGGCUGGGGAACUAUUCAGACGAAUCUACGGUCCGGACGCCUGGGGAGGCAAAACAUGGGGAGCUGUCGCAGGCAGUCUCUCUGACUGCCUGUUCGACAUCUUUAAACCUGUCGUCAUCCACGAGUACAAACAGAUCAUUUCUCCCAGGGAAAUUGUACAGAACCUAAAGAAGGACUUUUCCUUUCCCUUUGCGGCGAGUGCAACAGCAGACAAGAUUUGCGAAUGGGCAAAGGACCCUGUCAAUGACUUUGAGUAUCGGUCCCAAAAGAAUCGCGGCAAGACCAAACGGACGAAACCAACUUCAACCCUUCCCGUGCCCCAGACACCCAACACUGAUCAUGAGAGAAAUCCACAGGAUGCCUGGUCGUACCAAGCCGGACCAAGCGAGCUAUCAUUACCAACGUCAUCUCGCCUGAACACCCAGGAGAGUGGCGUGACAGCCGAUCCAAGUGACCUUCUCGCCAUAUCCCCCGAUCCUUGGCUCAAUUAUAACAACUCGCCCUUUGCCAUGGACGGGUUCAUGGCUGGCAAUGAGCCGGCAAUGGUUCCUUUCAACGGCCAGCCCUUUCAGAUGCUCGCUCCUGCGCCGAACACGGGAGCAAUGGGACCGUUCAACGGAAUGUUCCAUCCUCAGCCGGCAGCCAAUCUGGGCGUGGGUGAAUUCCCACUUGCGGACCACAGUGACGACCGAGCGGUCCCACCCCAAGCAACUCAAUUCUCGUCUCAGCGGCAACAGACUACAACUGCUUCUCCGGCCAUGCAACAGGACGAGGGAUUGGUGCAGUCUUUGCGAAGGGAGCUUGCACGGCUCGAAGCAGAGGUUGAGAACAAGAAAAGAAAGAUACAAGCAUUCGAAGCAGAGGUUGAGGACAAGACAAGAAAGAUACAAGCACUGGAAUUUCGAAACGACCAACUUGGGCGCCAGAACGAAAGCCUGAAGAUCGAGCGUCUCAUGGCUACGGCUGGAAGCUCGCAAUCUCGACAAGACCAACUCAAGCAACAGAACGAAAGCCCCAAGGUCACCCAUUUCAUGAGUGCGGAUGAAUGCGCAGAAGUCCAGAAUAACGCAGCACCAACGACCCCUACCCCCAAAUACCCCCGCAACAACAAGAGAACUGCACCCGGCAUGCCCAGGAGAAACACUACCCACUCGCAUCCUGGCUCCUUAACGACCCGUCAAAGUAGUUACCGCGGCCAUUCGUCCAGCCAAGCCACAUUUGCCUCGCGGCAGAACCUUUCUUCCCCAACUCAAUAUACAUCUUCCGUCGUGGGAGACCAAAGCAGCAUGGCUACAUCGCCGUACAACAAUCAGGCAAUGUCCUCCCAGGCCGACAUACCUUUCUCGCAAUUUUCAGACAUUGCCCGCCCUCGACGUGGCAGUGCAUCUUCCACUGCUAGUAACUCGGAUGGCGAAGUUGCACAAGCCUUGCGUCGCCGCCAGGCUAAUGUCGGGACCAUGCUGGACGUUAGAGCAUGGCGAGAUGAGUCGCUACCCCGUCAGCUGAUUCGACGGAGCAGCGCAGACCAUGAGAGAGAUCUCGCGAAGUCCUUGGGGCAGUUGACCUUUUGA